AUGAGCAAAACGCAAGGGAUACCUGAAAUCUCUGUGGCUUGGUGCCGAUUCGUUGUUUCACCAUUGUUAUUGUUGUUGUACGGAUCCGACGCUGCCAGUACUGACCGCCGACCCGCCGCCGCUGAAAAUUUUCUGAUCGCCCUUGGCACCGCCGUGAAACCGCGGUUCUGGCCGUCGCUAGCCGUUGUCACUUCCGCCGGUCGGCUGCCGCGGCGGAUUUCGACAAAGGUCAAAAUCCGGUUAAGAGGUACAAGUGUGGUCAGAAGCGACCGGAGAAGUGCCAAAAAGAGAGAAAGGUCAAGUCCACAUAAACAUGGCGACGACAUGAAGACUUUGUUCACGACGGGCAGUUACGAAGAGACAGACGCAAGAAAAGAUGGGAACGUGUGA